AUGUCCACAACGUUGAAUCUCCGCCCCGGUACACACCAUCUGAAAUUUAUUGUGGAUGGGGAAAUGCGGGCUUCGGAUAAUCUGCCUACCGCAGUCGACUUCACGAAUCAUCUCGUCAACUACAUUGAAGUCAGCGCGGACGACGUCAACCGGUCGCGCAGAGGAAGCGAUAGAACGAACAAAAGUGCUGUUCCUUCAGGCGUUCACCCUCCCCAGGUGAUCCCCCAUCUUAUUGGGAACGACCGCAAUGGAGCCGAUGUCGAAGAUCAGUCCGACAAGGAAGAACCAGAGGAGAUCCCCUUGGGAGACUUCCGGACUAUUAUCCCCCAAUUUCUUGUCGAUCUAGAUAAGGAAGAAGACAGCCCAGAAUACCAGCAAGCUGCUAAUGUGAUUGGUGAUACUCCUACGCCACCCAGUCUUCCACUAUUCCUGGGUAAAUCGAUCCUGAACGGCACGACACCGAUGAAAGACGACAGCAGUGUUCUCAACUAUCCUAAUCAUACGGUACUCAACCAUCUCGCAACGAGUAGCAUAAAAAAUGGUGUUCUUGCGACCAGCGUGACAACCAGAUACAAACGAAAGUAUGUCACAACGAUAUUGUACAAGCCGACCAGCCACAUCACGGGCUAG